CGCUGUGCGGGCGCGCGGAGGCUCCUUUUAGUGACUUUAUUAUUUAUUUGCCUUUUUAACCGUUUGCUCCUUUUUAAGCGAGGUCGCCCAGUCGACAUGGUGGUGCUGCCGCUUCAUCGGUGCCUGGUGUUUCGCAGCCUGCUGCACAGUCCCCGGGGUGUGAGCGGAUCGCACGCCGCCAAGGAGAGUCCAGCCGUGGCAUGGGCUGCAGAGAGAGGCCGCCAGCCUGUCCGCGGGUGCCUCCGCCUGGACUCGUACAGCACCAAGUCGGGCAUCGCCGGGGUGGCAGAGCGGACUCUGAUUGCGGUGAAGCCUGACGGCGUUCAGAAGAAGCUCAUCGGGCAGAUCAUCCAGCGCUUCGAGCAGAGGGGCUUCAAACUGGUGGCCAUGAAGUUCCUCAAGGCCCCCGAGGACCUCCUGGCGCGUCACUACCACGACCUCCACAAGAAGCCCUUCUACCCAAACCUUCUGCGCUACAUGAGCUCCGGGCCCGUUGUGGCGAUGGUGUGGGAAGGCCACAACGUCGUCCGCACCUCCCGCCUGAUGGUCGGGGACACCAAUCCGGCUGAAGCUCUUCCAGGGACGGUCCGGGGGGACUUCAGCGUGCACAUCAGCAGGAAUGUGGUUCAUGCCAGCGACUCGGUGGAUGGUGCCCAGCGGGAGAUCCAGCUCUGGUUUGACCGGCGAGAGCUGGUGGACUGGGAGUGCUGCGACCACAGCAACACCUACCAGGUGUGAGGAGCCCGGUGGCACAGGGAGUGGCUGGCAUAGGACCAGAGACAAUGGCUACCUCCACGGGUGUGCCACUCCCUCAAGUAGCGGGCAGCCUUCCUCCUUCACGUGACCUAAACUCACCAAAGACCACCUGCCAAAACAAUGAAACUGCACAAGUGGGCCACGUCUGCCGCUAAGGCAUGCCAAAGCCGUGCCCGGUGGGCCCCAUUUCUGUCUGCAGGACGUGGCGUCGCUGCCACUUGAUGACGGGCCAGUGGACGAGUCCCUCUGUGAUUUUAGACAAUAAAUGAAUUGUUUGACGAAGUGCCCCCCUUUAGAUGAGGAGAGUCCUAAAUGCCAUCUUUCAGUGCUGGUAAGGUGCCCAGUCUAGUGCCACCUCUUCAGAGCUCCUGGCCCGGGGCAUCGAGACACUUCGUCUUUUAACUACCUCUCCGUAUCGUUUUAUAGUGCCUUUCUCAGUGGGUACCCUCGUGGCGGGGGGGCCGUGCGAUCAGGCGUGACCAGCAGUGUCUUCAGGACUGGCAUGCAACAUCUGCUUCAUGAAAGCCUUGCCUUGGUGCCCAUUGACUGCCCUGCUUUAAACCUCUGCCAUUCCACACCUGGCACUUGAGAGGGCAUCUUGGUAAGAUGUGAACUUGUCCGUACCAGCAGCAGCUCUUAUCAAGAGGAGCUUCAACGGGCAGUGGGCACUUGAGGGGGAUAUGAAAGGACAUGUGGGCUGCCAGUGAAAGUGGUUCAAAGUAAUGGUGCCCUUUUGUGGGGCGGGCAGGGUGGUCCCGGUGUGUCCUGUCGUCCAUCUUGUAGACGAAGCAGCUCUUCAUUGUGUUUCGCCAGCCACCUGAUGCUUUCAUUCUUCCACUGGACAAGCUGGUAGUGGGCAGGCUGUUGGCACUCUGCCCAGUCUCGACAGGUGGGGUCUUCUGGUACACCUGACUACGUGGGACCCCUUUGUGUCAUCCCGUCUUUGCCCCUCUGGGCACUUGGCCUGAAGCUGCCCGCUGGUCUGGUCAGUGGUUCAAAUCGACUCGUCCAAUCACAUUCAGCUGCCACGUGUCUGAGGCCUUCGUGGGCACCAAAGGACCACCGCAGUGCCCGGUCAUCUCUUACCUGAUGGUUUUGUACAUUGAGCCCAAAAAAUAAAAGUCAUGUGACUCCCUGACACAA